AUGAUACCUCGUAGGCUUGCUUCUGAAGUGCUCUGUGUUGCUCGUAGACGUAGCUGGUCGGCCGCCAACCAGUUCUUUCGCCAUGCCAACACACGUCCGAUGCUGGCCCCUCCCUCUGCUCUGAGACACCGCCUGAUGAGCACUGCGGCCGCCCAGAGCAGCCCAAGUCGCCCAAUUCCCCUUUCGGAAGAGAUAUACCAUGAACUUGCGGAUGCGACCAUGGAGGUUCUGUUAGAAAAUUUUGAGAUCUUGCUGGACGAGGAGGGAAAACCGGGGUACGAGAUAGAAUACUUGAGUGGUGUCCUUACUCUCUCCCUCGGAGACAAGGGCACGUACGUGAUAAACAAGCAACCGCCCAACAAGCAGAUAUGGCUUUCUAGUCCUUUCAGCGGGCCUAAACGAUAUGACUACUCACCGAAGCACGACGACUGGCGGUACGCUCGAGACGACAGUUCUAUGGGGGACCUACUCAAUCGGGAGAUUGGCGAAGUCUUUGGGAGGGACGUGAAUGUAGGGCUCGACGAUAUCACCCAGUAUAUAGCAGAUAUCGCGUGA